GGCGAUCUUUUACGGUAAAUGCAUAUGUACUCCGAUUCCCUAGAGUGCAGUAUAAUAAGCGCGUCUUAACGUGAAAGAAGAAGCUAUUUUUACGAGAUCUAAAGGGUCGGCAAGAUGUCAUCAGACCUGACCACCGUUUCAACAUCACAGGGAUGCCCAGCAAUCGGACCUUAUUCCCAAGCUGUAAUCGCCGACCCUUAUGUCUUCCUCUCAGGCCAGAUCCCAAUCGACUCAACCGGCAAACCUCUUGAAGGAAGUAUCGCAGACAAAACUCACGCAUGCUGCAAGAGCGUCCAGGCAGUCUUGUCAGCGGCCGGCAGUGACAUAAGCCGCGUGGCAAAGGUCACAGUGUUCUUGGAUAAUAUGAAGAACUUUGCCGAGUUCAACGCGGUUUAUGAGACCUAUUUCACUCAUAAGCCGGCUAGAAGCUGUGUGGCGGUGAAGACUCUGCCUAAGAAUCUGGAGGUGGAGAUUGAAUGCGUGGCUUUGACGAAUACCAAUGGGCCUCGAUUGUGAACAUUGGAAACUGGGGUCCCAGAAAGAAGAAUAGCCAGUUAGCUUUACCCUUUAGUUAAGAAAAGACAUAUAUUGAGAUCUCAGUA